AUGACUGCUGUUAUAUUCCUCUGCUUUCUCGUCCUCUGUUUCUCCUCCACCCCUACUCUGCAACACGUAAGCGAGUCAUUGCCGCUCGUGCGGUUCAAGAGCUCGGUGAAUAUAACCAAAGGCGACCUCAAUUCAUGGAGAAGCGGAACGGAUCCUUGCAAUGGCAAAUGGUUUGGGAUAUAUUGCCAAAAGGGUCAAACAGUCUCGGGUAUUCAUGUCACCCGACUUGGUCUCUCCGGGAUCAUCGACAUCGAAGAUCUUAAGAAUCUCCCAAACCUAAGGACAAUUAGGCUCGAUAAUAAUCUUCUUUCCGGUCCGCUCCCUCCUUUCUUUAAGCUUCACGGCCUGAAAUCGCUCUUGUUAUCAAACAACAGCUUCUCUGGAGAGAUCGCUGAUGAUUUCUUUAAGGACACGCCACAACUCAAGCGGGUGUUUUUUGAUAAUAAUCGUUUCACUGGAAAAAUUCCCACAUCUGUGAUGCAACUUGCGGGCCUCGAGGAGCUUCACUUGCAAGGCAACCAGUUCUCUGGAGAUAUACCUUCUCUUACGGAUGGCAACAAAAUUCUAAAAUCCCUCGACCUCUCCUAUAAUAAUCUAGAGGGAGAGAUCCCAAAGAGCAUAGCAGAAAGAAAAAAUUUACAGAUGAACUUCCAAGGGAACCAGAAGCUUUGCGGAGAGCCUCUGAAUAUCAAAUGCGAUGAUAAAAAUUCAUCACCCGGGUCAGGAAAAGACCCAAAUGAAGUUACUGGGAAAGCCAUCUUUAUGGUCAUUUUGUUUCUUUUGAUAUUUUUGGUCGUGGUGGCGAUUAUAACAAGAUGGAAGAAGAAGAGGCAGCCCGAGUUCCGGAUGCUUGGCAAGGACCACCUAAGUGACCAAGAAAGUGUGGAAGUCCGCGUGCCAGACUCAAUAAAGCAACCUAUUGAGUCAAGCAAGAAGCGGAGUAACGCAGACGGUUCCUCUAAAAAAGGUUCAACCCAUCAUGGGAAAGGGGGAGGAGGCGGUCCUGGAGGAGGCGUCAUGGGAGACAUUAUAAUGGUGAACAGCGAGAAAGGCUCGUUUGGUUUACCUGAUCUCAUGAAGGCUGCGGCCGAGGUGUUAGGCAAUGGUAGCCUUGGAUCGGCCUAUAAGGCGGUGAUGGCCAACGGAUUAUCCGUGGUUGUAAAGAGGAUUAGGGAUAUGAACAAGCUCGCACGUGACGCAUUCGAUGUCGAGAUGCAAAGAUUUGGGAAAUUACGUCACCCUAAUGUUCUUACCCCUUUGGCAUAUCACUACCGUCGCGAAGAGAAGCUUGUCGUCUCAGAAUACAUGCCAAAAAGCAGUCUUCUAUAUGUUUUACACGGAGACCGAGGGAUUUAUCAUUUUGAGCUUACUUGGCCAACACGGUUAAAGAUCAUACAAGGUGUCGCGCGUGGGAUGCAAUUCUUGCACGAGGAAUUCUCGUCCUACGAGCUUCCACAUGGAAAUCUCAAAUCCAGCAAUGUUCUAUUGAGUGAAACAUAUGAGCCACUGAUCAGUGAUUAUGCAUUUCUUCCCCUUCUUCAGCCUAACAAUGCUUCCCAGGCUUUAUUCGCGUUUAAAUCCCCCGAGUUUACUCAAAACCAGAAGGUUUCCCCAAAAUCAGACGUCUAUUGCCUCGGAAUUAUUCUUCUUGAGGUCAUGACUGGAAAAUUCCCUUGUCAAUACCUAAAUAACAGUAAAGGCGGGACGGAUAUUGUUGAAUGGGUGCAAUCUUCAAUGGCGCAACAUAAAGAAGAAGAGCUUAUCGAUCCAGAGAUAAUGAGUAAUACUGAUUCGUUGCAACAUAUGGUCGAAUUAUUGCGGAUUGGAGCUUCUUGUAUUGCAAGUAAUCCAGAUGAGAGACAAAACCUGAAGGAAAUUGUUAGGAGGAUAGAACAAAUAACCAUUUGA